AUGGCCGCGCGCCGGCGACCACUCUUCUUCAUAGCUGUUCCCGCCCUCGUCUUCAUCUACUUCUUCAGCUUCACAGGGAAACAUUCCGGACCAUUCACGUAUCCUCCUCCCAUACCUCCAUCUGAAUCGUUAGGCACUCAUGCGGGCCUCGAGAAUUGUACGGAUGACUUCGACGCCAGCUACGAGGGUCUGCGGGUCCGCCAGGCAACCAUGCUGUAUGAGGGGGACAAGGACAAACUCAGAGGCAUCUACGAGCGCUGUGUCGAGACACAUCGGAAGCAUGGUGAUAGAUGGGGAGUUCCGACCCAUGUGCUUAGCCAUGCUCUGUAUGAGGACAACUCAUACUUCAACAAGCCCGCGUACCUACAGUCUCUCAUAAUGGUCGAGUUGGCUAAGCCUGCUGCCAAACGGGCGGACUGGAUAGUGUGGUUUGACGGAGAUAGUGUCAUCAUGAACCCCGAAAUCCCCUGGACCAUCUUCCUCCCACCCUCCGACCUUCACGACUACCACAUACUCGGCACCCAAGACAACAAUGGUUUCAACGCUGGAAUGCUCAUACUACGGAUUGAUCAAUGGACCGUCCGAGUACUCAGUCAGGUCCUAGCCCUUCCUGUUCUGCAACCGAGCGUCGGUCUUCCCUUUUACGACCAGAGCGCCCUUGACUGGGUCUUUCAACUACCGGCCAACCAAGAACACUUCAUCUUUCAGCCUCGCCACUGGUGGAACCGAUACUUCUUCACGGGCGACGGCGACCAACCUGGCGAGAUGCUGCUACAUUUUGCUGGAAUCGGUGCCCAGUCUGGAGGAGGUAGUCAAGAGAAAAGUGCCGUGAUGCGCAAAUAUCUAGAGAGGGCAGAGACUGACCCGCAGAGCUGGACAAAGGAUCUCUCAAAGACGCCGUAUGAGAAAGAGACCAAGGCUUUCUGGGAUGAUGUGAGGGAUGCAAAAGAGACGCUGCAAAAGACUGGGAAGUGGUUCAGGGAUCAUCCGGCAAACAAGCAUGUCCGCGAGGUGCAAGAGGCCGAGAAAGUUCUACGUGAGACACUUCUGAGGGAAGCGGACAAGGUGGAUUGGCUGUCUGGGAAUACGACUCAGCUGCAGAAACUCCUACGGGACUGA